AUAUCGAGUCACAAGCACCCGCUCCCAUAGUACCGUUGUGGUAUAGUAACCCUAACUCAAGUUUUUCUUCCAUGGUUGCCUUGCUUUGUAGUUUGUACAGAUGGCUCCAGCUACACCCGCCCGCAUAUUAUCGUCACACUUUUCCUUUACUUUGCGGAUAUUCCAAAUCUGCCCCCGUGGGAAGCCAUAAAUCCCCUUCCCUUCCCUGCCCUUUGCCAGUCUGCCGUCUACAGCAAUACUGCCCAUCCCCAGCCCUAUUUCGCCCAAGUUCUCCUUCCUCACAUAAAACCCAACAAAAAUUCCAAGCAAGAAGAAGAAAAUUUCCCAAUUUGCGAGAGAAAUCACAAGAUGGGGAGGCAUGACGGAGAAGAAGUCGGAAUUAGAGGCGGCGAAGGCAUAACCGCAGCCAUGAGCCCAGCGAGCAGCCUCGCCGGCAACAGUGUUACCACCGGCGGAGGAGAACCGAGGAGGAGGAAGAGGAGAUCGGGAUUGGGGUUUUUCAGGAGGCUGAAGUUGGACAAGGAGUCGCUUCGGUGGAGGUGGAAGUUCUUGACCUCUGUUUUCAAGUGGAAGCGCGUCAAUUUGCAGAUAUCGCUCGUCGACGACGUCCUAUUCAAGAUCGCAUCUGUUCUCGAGGCGAUUGUGUUGGUGGCCACCUUGUCUUUCUUCUACCUCUGUUGCGGCUGCCACUUUUGAUAAUCGAUUUUCAAGAACAGGGGAGAAGAAGAACCGGAUAAUUGGAGCUGCCUCUCAAGAUUCGGGCUUUUUGUUUUCUUUUUACGGCGAUGGAAAUAUGGAUUCUUCUUCUUCUUCUAAUUUUUUGAUAAUUGUAUAAUUGCAUUGUAUAGUCCUUCAUCGAGCCGUAGAAUUAGAGCUCAAUUUUUUGCUUUCCUCGUUUCCCCCCUUCUCUGUUUUGCUUCCCCGCCGGCCAAUCAUUGACCGUUGCGGGCUGCCACCGCCGUCAGCAAUUUAUCUUUGAUCUGUAGCCAAUUUUCAAGCUUUAACAUUCUCACAUCUGGGUUUUCAGUUCCUUUUCCUUUUCUCCUUCCUCUGUAUCUUUUCUCCCCCAAUUCACCUGGUCUCUGCCUCUGGGUUUGGUUUACACUUCACAGGGGAGUCCAGAAACAGGGGAUUCUUUCCAAUUGCUUACGUAAUUUGAUCGUUUCAGUUUGCACUUUGUUGAAGCUUUCUUCGUGCUCUGUAAUUGUUAAAGAGGGGCCCAAUGGAAAAAGCCGCAAGCAAACGGCCAAAAGAAUGAGUGGGGAAAGGGAGAAUAAACAAGUGGGGAAAGCUAACGGAAACAGGGGACCCGAAUUUUCUCCAGGAAGAGUUCUUUCUGCUUGGUGGCAACCCACUGGAACGUUUAUCAGCUGCCAGGUCAGGGGAAUAAUAAUAAUCUACCUUC